AAUUCAGGUUCAACGCUCUCCCAAAUAAAUAAUAACUCCACCACUUCCACCCUCACUCGUGACGCACAAAAAGAAAAAACAAGAAAACAAAGCCCUUCUCUGAUUCCAUUCCCUUUUGUAAUCGACACAUACUCGCCCAUUCCAUUCAAUUCAAUUCCCCUUUAUUUAUUUUUCUCUCUUUUCAAUACCUUUCUUCUCCACAACUCUCAACUUUCAAUCUCAAUCUCUCUCACAACAAAUCAUUAAUCAUAACUCAGCAUUCUGUAGCAGGCGACACGAUUCUCGAGGCAUCGAAUUCGGGGUGAAUUCGGAGUGGAAGGAUGUUUUUCAGCGGCGAUCCGUCGACUCGUAAGCGAGUCGAUUUAGGCGGUCGGAGUUCGAAAGAAAGGGAUAGGCAGAAGCUUCUGGAACAAACUAGGUUAGAGAGGAAUAAGCGGUUGCGAUUGCGCCAACAAAACACUGCAGCUACUAACAUCCAGAAAUGCUUCAGAGGAAGAAAAGUGGUGGAAGCAGAACGUUCGAAAGUCCGAGAACAGUUUUUCAGUGUAUAUGGGAGGCACUUACAAAAUGUCGACAGGUCUUGCUUUGGGCCCAAUUCGAAUUUUCUUCGUCAAUUUCUCUUUUUCUUCAAUGCCAAAAAUGCUACUGAUUAUUCUGCUCUUGUGGAAGUAUGCCGGCUGCUUAGACAGUUUGUUCAAAAUAGCGGAGAUAUUUAUGUCCUCUUUGGAGGUACAGACUAUUUGUUCGAAGAUGAAUCUGUGAGUUACAGGGUGAAGCGAUUUGCCUAUGCUUGUAUCCAAGCAGUUUAUGAGAAUAGGAAUCAGUUGAAGGAUCAACUCAUUAUGGCACCUUCAGGAUCCAGUACAUCAACAACCCUCUUACUAGAGUCAUUAGUUAUGCUGAUUGAACCCCAAGUUUCUUGGUCUUGUAAGAUUGUUGCCUUUCUCUUGCAGAGGAAUGUAUAUUAUCAAAUAAGGGAGAUUAUUUUUACGGCAAAGAAAAGCACAAGUUUUCAAGGUCCUGCUGCCAAAGACUCGUCAUUGGAGCAUGUUCUUGUGCUCAUUAUGUCUCAUAUGGGGCAAAAACCAUGUAUAUGUGCAACGGAUGUACGAUGGACGUUCAUAUCCCAGAUCCUAACAAUUCCAUUCCUAUGGCAACUUUUUCCAUACCUUAAGAAGAUUUUUACAACAAAUGAUCUGAGUCAACAAUAUAUCCAUCAUAUGACAAUUUUUGCAAAAGGUCCUGAUAAAGUUCUACCAGUUGACAUGUCUGCUGAAUUUCCUGGUUAUGCAUGCUUACUUGGGAACUUAUUGGAAGCAGCUGCACUUGCUUUCGCUCGGCCCGACUGCUCUUUUGAUUUGGCUAUGGAUUUUACGGUUGUUGCGACAUCUUUUUUGGAGGAACUCGCUCCCUUUUACACUUUAAAUACAAAAAGUAAAGAAGCGGAUGAUGAUGAAAUGGCUAUUGAUGAGAAAACUAACGACAAAGUUUUGAAUGUGGAUCUAGAACGACAAAUUUCAAAUGCCAUAGAUCCUCGUUUUCUUUUACAGCUGACAAAUGUUUUGUUCAAAGGAUUUUCACACGCCAAUGGUUCAUACAAAGAAAGGCCCAGUAAUAAAGAAGUGGCUGCUGUUACUGCUGCCUGUUCCUUCUUGCACGUGACUUUCAAUAUUCUACCCCUUGAGCGCAUCAUGACUGUAUUAGCUUAUAGAACUGAAAUAAUACCUGUUCUCUGGAACUUCAUGAAGCGAUGCCAUGAAAAUCAAAAUUGGUCAUCCUUCUCAGAGCAUUCUGCAUAUUUGCCAGGAGAUGCACCUGGAUGGCUAUUGCCGUUGGCAGUUUUUUGUCCUAUAUACAAGCACAUGCUUAUGAUUGUUGAUAAUGAGGAGUUUUAUGACCAAGAGAAACCACUAUCGCUAAAGGAUAUUAGAUGCUUGAUUGUUAUCCUGAGACAGGCUUUAUGGCAGCUGUUGUGGUUAAAUCCUUCAAUGCCUGCAAGCUCAGCAAAGUCUGCCACCAAUACAAAUUCAUUAAGGAGCCGGCCUGUAGAAUUUAUACAACACAGGGUUAGUAUUGCAGCUUCUGAGCUUCUGUCCCAGUUGCAAGAUUGGAAUAAUAGACGGCAAUUUACACCCCCUAGUGACUUCCAGGCUGACGGGGUCAAUGAGCACUUCAAUUCUCAGGCCAUGGUUGAAGGUAGUAGAGCAUAUGAUGUGCUGAAACGAGCUCCAUUCUUGGUCCCUUUUACAAGCAGAGUGAAAAUCUUUACUUCACAGCUAGCUGCAGCAAAAGAAACUAGUGAUUCUCAUGCCGUUUUUACUAGAAACCGUUUCAGAAUAAGACGAGACCAUAUAUUGGAAGAUGCUUUUAGUCAGUUGAGCUCAUUAUCAGAAGAAGAUCUUAAAGCAGCGAUUCGAGUUACCUUCGUUAACGAAUUUGGUGUUGAAGAGGCUGGUAUUGAUGGCGGUGGUAUUUUUAAAGAUUUUAUGGAGAACAUCACUCGAGCAGCUUUCGACGCACAGUACGGGCUUUUUAAGGAAACAACUGAUCACUUACUCUAUCCGAAUCCUGGAUCAGCAAUGGUACAUGAACAGCAUCUCCAGUUUUUCCACUUUCUUGGAACUCUUCUUGCGAAGGCGAUGUUUGAGGGUAUUCUUGUGGAUAUACCCUUUGCAACAUUUUUCUUGAGCAAGUUAAAGCAGAAGUACAACUAUCUGAAUGACUUGCCUUCCUUGGAUCCUGAAUUAUAUCGUCACCUCAUCUUCUUAAAGCAUUAUGAGGGCGAUAUAUCUGAGUUGGAAUUGUACUUUGUUAUUGUAAAUAAUGAAUACGGGGAGCAAACAGUAGAAGAUCUGCUACCUGGAGGGAAGAACUUGCGUGUUACCAAUGAAAAUGUCAUCACAUUUAUUCAUCUUGUAGCGAAUCAUCGAUUGAACUACCAGAUACGGCAGCAAAGUUCUCAUUUCUUUAGGGGUUUCCAGCAACUCAUUCCGAAAGAUUGGAUUGAUAUAUUUAACGAGCAUGAACUUCAGCUGAUGAUAUCAGGAUCAGUAGAUGGCUUUGAUCUUGAUAAUCUUCGGUCUCAUACAAAUUAUGCGGGUGGUUAUCAUCAAGAUCACUAUGUCAUUGAUAUGUUCUGGGAAGUUCUAAAAAGUUUUUCCAUGGAAAACCAGAGGAAGUUUUUGAAGUUCGUGACAGGUUGCUCUAGAGGACCUUUACUUGGAUUUAAAUAUCUGGAACCCUUGUUCUGUAUACAAAGAGCUGGUGGUGAGGCAUCUGAAGAAGCCCUUGAUCGGUUGCCAACAUCUGCUACUUGUAUGAAUCUCUUAAAGCUCCCCCCAUAUAAAAGCAAGGCACAGAUGGAGCAGAAAUUAUUGUAUUCUAUAAAUGCUGAGGCUGGUUUCGAUUUGAGCUGAUGAAGGACCUCAUUUUGAAAUCUUCUACAUGUAAUAUCGAGUUCAAAAUGGAGUCAACCAACUUUGUGCCAACACAAGAGAGUUUGGUUCAUAAGAAGUGAUAUAUCCAGAUUUGUAUUUCUCAAGCUGUACAGUGGACAACGGGAGAUGACUGUCAAAACAUUGACAGUGCAACAGCGUGCUUAAGAAAAAAAAAAUUGGUAGAUAUUAAAUUAUUCAGUUAAGGUAGAUGUAUAUAUACAGGUCAGUGCAAUGUAUACCAUGUUUCAGAAGUUUGGAAGUUUGUGAAUAUAUCAUGAACUCUUAUAAAUAAUGUAAUCAUAAUGUAUUUUAAUUAUGUUCACUUGAAGCACUUGUAACUAUUAUCUGAUGACUCUGGUACAAUAAUUCUAUGUUUUCUUACUAUUUCAGGCA